AUGGACAAUAGUGACGGUAAUUUGCUGGAGAGUCUUCUGGACUUGGAGGAAGAAUUCUACCAAGAGGGCUUCAACCUGGGCUCGGCGGACGGUGCGUUGGCUGGCUACACCGAAGGAAGCGUGUUUGCCGUCGAGAAAGGAUUCGAAAAGUUCGUCGAGAUUGGAAGACUGUACGGGAAAGCCUUGGUAUGGGCUCAGCGACUUGCAGACUCCGAUCCGUCGGUCUCUGCCAAGGCCGAUUCGCAGUCGAAGGACGAGGUUGGGACGAGUGACCAGCCAAGCGAAGGAUUGCUGGACCCAUCGAUUUGCAAGCUGAUGCCAAACUUGGUGGCGAGCUCCAGGCUGCCCAAGAAUCUUGACACUCUGCUGGAAUUAGUUGAUCCUGCUUCUCUACCCACGGCAAACGAUGAGGAAGCUGUCAACGAUGUGGACGAACGCCAUAAAGGCGCAGUCAUGAAGGCUAAGCUCAUCCAGCGUGCGCUGGGCGAGAGGGAUGACAAUUCGGACAUCCACCCGGACGCAAAGGAAACAUCGACUGCACCUGCAGGUGACGGCACCGGUAGCAUUGAAGACAUCAGUUCCUUAAGUAUCCGCCAUUGA